AUGUCCUACCGGCUCAAGAAAGAUGUCCGGGUGUUCCGGAUCGUGCUCGUGAAGCUGUUCGAGAGCAAGUCUAUGGGUGAAAACGGGCUCAGAUACCUGGUCGCCUGGAGCAUCUACAGGCAGCUGCUUACUUAUACAGUGCCAGAACGGCUUUUUGGAAAAGGUCCUGUUAGCUACCAGCACGUCAAGAAAUAUUGCUACGAGCUCGUUGGAAAAGUGAUGAAUCGGGCGAUGAAGAGCCCCUACUUUCAGUCACAGGUGCCACUGGAGAUGGUUGACCAGGCUAAGCGUAUGGUGACCAGACUCCGCAGUGCCUUCCGCAAGUCUUUGGAGUCAUCAAGCUGGUUCACGGGCAGAGGUCGAGAAGUGGCCCUCCGCAAGCUAGACAACCUCACCACCUACGUGGGAAGUCCAGAUAAUCGAUUGGACCCCGUGUCGCUCGAAAAGCAUUACAAACCGUACCCGGAUGCACUUCCAGACCGACUUUUCCCCACGUUGAUCAAGGCUCUCUCUCUCUCGACCCACGACAUUUGGCUCGACAAGACGACAUGGCUUUACGACGAGACGGAAGUGACUGCCUUCUAUAAUUACAACUACAAUACUCUCGUCGUACCAACAAGCCUCUUGCAGCGACCCUUCUUUUAUCCGUACGGACUACUUGGUCUGAACUAUGGGGGCCUCGGAGCGAUGGCGGCACACGAGCUGAUGCACGCGUUCGACGUAAAAGGGAUAACGCUAAGAGAAGCAUACCAACCCUGGAACGCUAGCGAUAUUAUAAAGGAAUACACUAAAAGGGCGCUGUGCCUGCGGCAGAUGCACAGAUCGGUCCUACCAUACAGCGCCCGCAAGGACGUGUUGAAUGCAAAGAUGGACUCCGAGAACCUGGCGGACUGGGUCGGCACCAUCACUGCGUACGCUGCCUUCGCUGCGUUGUCCUCGUCGGAGAGCAACGUCACACUAGCGGGGCUCGACAUGUCGGCGGAGCGCUUGUUCUACGUCAAUCACUGUGUGACAUGGUGCCAUCAGUACAGCACGUUAACGGGCAACUAUGCACCAUACCGGUCCCGCUGUAUAGUGCCCCUUAUGAACAUGCCCGAGUUCUCGCGUACCUUUGGCUGCGCCCCCGGUGAACCCAUGAAUCCACGAAAUAAAUGCACCUUUUGGCAUUGA